AUGAUCUGGCCAGUCAUAGCCAUAGCCGCGGUAGUAGGCUCCGGAUGUCACGCAGCCAACACCUUUUCCGCAAAGGUCGAGCUAGACUAUGCCACAUAUGUUGGCACAAAACUCUCAAAUCAAGUUGACGAGUUCAUUGGAAUACGUUAUGCCGAGGCGCCUCUGGGAGAUCUCAGAUUUCGUGCUCCACAGCCACCUCAGCAUCAAUUUGACAUACAGCGAGCUACUUCAUUUGGAGAUUACUGCAUUGGAACGAAUGAGACAGUAGACGUUGGCGUCUCAGAAGAUUGCCUCUUCGUCAACAUUUGGCGCCCAUCAAACGCAACACGUGAAUCUAAGCUCCCAGUGUGGGUAUUUAUCCAAGGUGGAGGCUUCAACCUCAACUACAGUCCCAAUUACAACGGUUCGGAGGUCGUUGAAAAGUCCAACAACAACAUUAUUCUUGUCAACUUUAACUGGCGCGUGGGCGUUUAUGGGUUCUUAGCUGGCCAACAUAUUGAAAAAUUUGGCGAUUUGAAUGCCGGCCUCUUAGAUCAAAUAGCGCUUCUACAAUGGGUUCAAGAUCACAUCCACCAGUUUGGUGGUAACCCAGACCAUGUAGUCAUUCACGGUAGCUCCGCGGGUGCCGGUUCAGUCGCUCUUCACCUCCUGAAUCCUGCCAAUACCCGACUCUUCGCUGGUGCUAUAAUGGAGUCGACCUUCAUGCCCACACAGCCGCUCGCAUCAGAGGUGGAGUGGCAGUAUGACCGUUUUAUUCAGACCGUCGGGUGUAGUGAAGGUAAUGCCGAGCUACAAAUGCGGUGUUUGCGCGAGAAGACAACCGAAGAACUUCAAAGAGGUAAUGUCGCGACUCCGUUUCCCGGCGGUCCAUCGCAACCGCUGCCGGUCUGGCCGUGGACACCUUGCAUUGAUGGAGACCUUAUUCCGGACAAGCCUCUGGACAUGUACAAUAGAGGAGAAUUCAUCAAAGUCCCGAUGAUCAUCGGGAAUAACGAAAAUGAGGGAGCUUACUUCGCUGCAAAUGCGUCAACCGAGGAAGAAGUACGUCUGUUCAUAGACAGCAACUAUCCUCGAUUAUCAAAGACUAAGAUCACCGAGAUCACCGAGUACUACCCGCAGAAGAAACCAGUUCCACAACACGCCGAAUGGUUCCCAUCUGCUGAGCAAGCGUAUGGUGAAUCUACCUUUACAUGUCCAGCUCUAGCCAUUCUAGACGCCUCGGAGAAGUUCGAUGAAAGCCAUGAGCUGAAUUCUUCCGAGACUAUUAAGAUAUGGUCAUACCAUAUGAAUGUAUAUGAUGAAGUAUACGUCGCCAUGGGACUGGGUUGCCCUCAUGGUUACGAAGAAGGGCUCAUUUUUGGGCCUUCUGGUACUAAGAUCCUGGGAAGAUACCAGCCGCCAGCCAGCUUCGCGACCUAUAAUGCCCCUUUGGUUCCUGUAGUUAUGAACUAUUGGAUAUCAUUUGUGCGUAGUCUGUCCCCAAAUCCGCAUAAGGAUCCUAGUGCACCUAUUUGGGAACACUGGGGAAGCGGAAACAGCCGCUCAAAGCUUUUAGUAAGGCUGGGGGAACUUGGAAUGGAGACUACAACAGAGGCUCAAGUAAAGAGAUGUGAUUUUUGGAACGAGAUGGAUAGAUCCUUAUAA